AUGGAGACCAUUCGUGACUCCGCGUUUGGCAAGCUGGUUCGCCUGUCGACGAACUCUCGAUUUCUUCAAUACCCAGAGGAGAUAGACCACGCUGCUUGUCAGCAGUGUCGCAAAGCGCCACCAGAACCCAAAGAUGAAGAGGCACCGCCUUCACCGGUGGAGAGUGCAGAGGAAGAUGAGACCUGGGGCUUAUAUAGUGUCAUGUCGCAGGCUUCCCGAGUGACUCGGCGUAAUUCUUGGCUGCCGACUCCCGAUGGAAGCGAAUGUGGCUUUCGACCAGGUACUGGACUGGGGGAGGGGGCUAUUGUUGUGGAUUGGCGACCUAACGAUAGCGAGAAUCCUCAAAACUGGAGCACCACAAAGAAGUUCCUGGUUAGCUGUGAGAUAUGGCUCCUCACGUUUGCCAUUUAUAUCGGCUCUGCCAUCUACACUCCGGGUAUCCCUGGCGUUUCGGAGCAGUUUGGAGUGAGCAACGUAGCGGCAGUCCUUGGCCUGACCCUUUUUGUUCUCGGGUAUGGCCUUGGGCCGAUGGUCUGGUCACCCUUGUCAGAACUGCCGAAUGUUGGUAGAAGCCCAACCUAUGUCCUCACCCUGGUUGUCUUUGUGUUCUUCCAGUUUGCUGUUAUCUAUGCGAAGAACUUUGGGAUGCUUCUUGCAUUUCGAUUCCUCACAGGCUUUAUUGGCUCCCCUUGCCUUGCGACCGGAGCUGCAUCCAUGGGUGAUAUUUGGAACCCUCAAGCCCGUGACUACAUGAUAGGCAUCUGGGGAUGCUUUGCCAUUUCGGCCCCUGUCCUAGGACCCCUUAUCGGCGGGUUUGCAGCCUCCGCGAAGGGAUGGACUUGGACGAUAUGGCCAUUACUUUGGGUCUCCGGAUUCACUCUUGUUAUUUUGUUCUUCCUCCUGCCCGAGACAUACGCUCCAAAUAUUCUAUGUCGCCGCGCACGACGGAUUAGGAGAAUUACUGGCAACCCCGACUACAUGUCCGAGUCGGAGAUAGAGCUCAGACAGCUUGAGCCGAAGGUGGUUCUGUUCGAGGCCCUUGUCAGACCGUUUCAAUUAUGCUUCUUGGAGCCCGUCGUGCUCCUCAUGAACCUGUACAUCUCCCUCAUCUACGGAGUCCUGUACAUCUGGUUCGAGGCUUUCCCAAUUGUGUUCGGUGAACUCCACGGCUUCAACCCCGGUGAGACCGGCUUAGCCUUCCUAGGAAUCCUCGUCUCUACCUGUUGCAUUACGAUCCCUGCCUACUUCUACUGGAAGUGGAAGUACCAGUCCAAACACUUUGACGAAAAGUGGAAUAUUAAACCAGAAUACCAACUUCCGCCUGCCUGCGUCGGUGCAUUCGCUCUCCCCAUCUCCCUGUUCUGGUUUGGCUGGACAGGCAACUUCGCCUCUGUCCACUGGAUCGUCCCUAUCAUCGCCUCCAUGCUAUUUGCCUUUGGCGGCUGUCUCAUCUUCAACAGCAUCUUCACCUACCUGGCCCAUGCAUAUCCGAAAUACGCAGCCUCCGCCUUGGCAGGGAAUGACUUCAUGCGAUCCUCGUUCGGAGCGGGCUUUCCGCUGUUUGCGACUGCUAUGUUCCAUAAUCUCGGCGUGGGGUGGGCGUGUACGCUCCUGGGAUGCUUGUCUGUGCUCUUUGUGCCUUAUCCGUUUGUCUUGUACAUCUUUGGCAGGCGUAUCAGAAUGUCGAGUAAGUACGCUCGUCAUGAUAUCUGA